AUAAAAAUUAAUUAAUCAUUAAGCUGAAUCACUGCAAUAUGAAUUAGAACUUGGCAAACCGUACGGUGGCGACAUCCAACACUACAUAACAAACCAGAGAGGGGGACGUCAAAAGAACCCCAAUAAACAAGUUUUUUUUAUUACUUUAUCAAUAAAAACAUUGCGAACGUGUAAGUUCGCAUAUUUACUACACUGCACUUUGAUUCAUUGUCAACGAAACCGUGUUUUACGUGAAUCAGUAGAUUAGAUUUAUCAGAGGUGAAUUGAACAUUAAUGUUUUGGUCAAGUGGUAAAAAGACAUCUGUGGGGAAGAUUCGCUGGAAAUAAUGUUAGCCCCGGGUGUAAGAAUUGUGAGGGGCCCCGAUUGGUCCUGGGGAGGUCAAGAUGGAGGAGAAGGCUUCACAGGCACUGUUUGUGAAAUUGGUAAGACGGGGGCUAUUAAUUCACCUGAUAAAACAGUGGUGGUUCAAUGGGAUAAUGGAGUUCGAACAAAUUAUAGAGUAGGAUACAAUGGAAAAUAUGAUUUGAGAGUUAUUGAUAAUGCUCAAAUUGGUGUUAAACACCCAAAUAUAGUCUGUGACGGUUGUAAAGGUCAAGGAAUAGCUGGAAUGCGUUACAAAUGUUCUGUUUGUUACGAUUUCGAUUUAUGUUACAUAUGUUACCAUUCAGAUAAACACGACAUCGCUCAUUCUUUUAAAAGAUUCGAUUUCACACAAUCUCUAGGAGUUGAUUUGCCUUUACGAAAAAACGGUAGAAAAUGCGAGUUAAAAGGCAUAUUUGUAAAUGCCAAAGUUAUAAGGGGUUUUAGUUGGGAAUGGAACAACCAAGACGGUGGCGAAGGAAAUGUUGGAGAAGUCAUGGACAUUCGUGGUUGGGAUAAUGAGAGUUGUCGAUCCGUAGUAAAUGUUAAGUGGGUUUCUGGAACGACGAAUGUGUAUAGAUUAGGACAUAAAGGGCUUUGCGACGUUAAGUUUGUUGAAGCAACAUCAGGCGGAAGUUAUUAUCCAGACCAUUUACCCAUUUUAGGGCAAAAUACUGAGCAGAUGUCCGUAAGACACACUAUUGGUCCUCCUCCUUUUAGCGUAGGAGAUAAAGUUAAGGUUACCGUUGGAGUUGAUCAAUUAAAAGGGUAUCAACAAGGACAUGGUGGUUGGAAUCCAAGAAUGGCCGAGUAUAUUGGUAAAAUUGGAACAGUACAUCGUGUUACUGAUAAAGGCGACAUUCGUGUUCAAUAUGAAGGCUGUAAUAAUCGGUGGACGUUUAAUCCCGUGGCUUUAUGUAAAGUUAAUAGUUUUGCAAUUGGGGAUAUUGUAAGUGUAAUAAAUGACGUUGAAAAAGUGAAAGAUUUACAAAAAGGACAUGGUGAAUGGAUCGAUAUCAUGAGAAAUGCUUUGGGUAAAUUAGGAAAAGUCGUGAAAGUUUAUUCCGACGGAGAUCUUAGGGUUCAAUUAGACGGUCAUGCAUGGACUUUAAAUCCACAAUGCGUGCGAGUUGUUCCAGGAAGUGCUGCUGAGUUGGCCAAUACAAUGCAUGCUACUCAAAAUCAAAGACAAGAACCAUCCAUGCAAUGGCAUCCAGCUAAUCCCUCCAAUAAUCAAACAAACGGUACCGCAGACCAGUUAGUACGGGCGGCUGCUCAAGGUCAGUUAGAUGCCGUUUGUCGACUUCUAGACGAGCUUCCGGCUGGAAUGGUGGAUGUACGAAGUGGCGGAAAAACUCCUUUGCAAGUAGCCGCGCAUCAGGGUCACGUUACCAUCGUACAAGAACUUUUACAAAAAGGAGCUGAUGUUAACGCGUGUGAUAAUGAUGGUGACACUUGUCUUCAUUACGCCGCGUUUGGUAAUCAACCGGAAGUUUUGCAUCUAUUAAUCGAAGCUGGUGCUUCGUUAAAUACUUCGAAUCGUGGCGGUUGUACCGCUCUUCACAUAGCAGCUCAUAAAUAUCCACCUCGAUCGGUUCAAAUGUUAUUGAACGCCGGGGCCGAUCCAAAUUGCCGCGACGCGUAUGGAGAUACCGCCCUUCACGACGCCAUCGGAAAAGACAAUUACCAGGUAAUCGAUUUGCUAUGUUCUGCGCCGGGUACAGAUUUCACAUUAAAAAAUAAACGCGGUUUUAACGUUUUACAUCACGCCGCAUUAAAAGGUAAAAAUCAAGCGACGAAAAAAUUAUUAUCUAAAGCACGUCAAUUGGUGGACGUGAAGAAAGACGAUGGAUUCUCAGCGUUACAUUUGGCAGCUUUAAACGGACACAAAGAUGUCGUUAAGACGUUAAUUCAAAUAGGGCAAGCGGAUAUUGAUCUGCGGAAUAACCGCAACCAAUCGGCUUUGCUUCUAGCUGUUAGUCAAGGUCAUUGUGGAGUUAUCGAGUUAUUAAUUGAUUUAAAGGCAAAUAUUAACGCUAAGGAUGAAGAUGGUGAUACAGCGUUACAUUUAGCUUUGAUUAAACGCUCGCAAUUUCAAUCUGAUGUAAAAGAAAAUGAGAGUCCAAACAUUUUUCAAAUAUAUCAGAAUUUUAAUGAUGAAAUUACCGAAUUUAAAAUCGCUUUAGCGAUCGGUUGUUAUUUAAUUCGAAAAGGGAUCGAUUUGGACCUUUUGAAUUCAAAAAGUCAACCGGCGUUGAGUCUCUUGCAGGAAUCUUACUUACAAGAGUUGUUAAAAAGCUUUAAACCAAUCGCGGAUAACAACCCGGCUGUUUUAGACAAUAUCGGUUUGGAAAGUUUAUCAUUAAACGAAGCUCGAACGAAUCAGAACUAUAAUCUCACCGAAAGACGUAAUUUCGAUGAAAUCAAUAAUCAGAGGCGUUCGAGGUUAGAAAAAUCCGACCACAGCAUUAGCAGUACUUCUCAAGAAAACUCACCAAACCAUAAGAACCAUCAUUACCAAAACGAAAUAACCACAUCAAAACCAGUCGAAUGUCAAGUUUGUUCUGAAUUAUCCGAAGAAAACGUUCGUUUAGAACCGUGUAAUCACAAACCUGCUUGCGAAGAUUGUUCGUCGAGAAUGAAAAAGUGUUUGCAUUGCGGAACUAUCGUUCAAAAAAGAGUUACGAAAGACGGAAGGGUUAUUCCGGCUAAAAGUCGACAACCGAGCGCUGAAAGAAUGCGUUAUUUAGAAUGUAAAAUUGCCGAAAUCGAAGAAAGUCACGCGUGUUCGAUUUGUAUGGAACGAAAGAAAAACGUGGUGUUUUUAUGUGGUCAUAUGACGUGUUCGAAAUGUGCUGAUACUCUUAAAACGUGUCAUAUGUGUAGAAAACCAAUUUCGAAAAAAAUACCUACUUAUUAACGAUUAAUUUUUGAGCUUUUUGAUUUUCUCUUCAAAAAAAUAUCUUUCGCUAGUUCCCUCACUUAAGAAUGGUAUCAUUAUUUGUACUAUUUAAAAAUUGCACUAUUCGAAUAAGUCUGAAUCAAAUAAUAAUCAAGGUUUUUUGAGUGUUGCUUAUCCAACUUUGACAACUUAAAUGAGACAACCUUGUGGUUUUUGUUACUUAGGUGUAUUGAGCAGUGUUUAUCCAACAUUAAAUACACCAAUAAGCUUAGAAUACAAAUUUGUAUAAAAUUGGAAAAAGAAUUAAGCAAUACUCAAAGAAUCUUGAUAAUAAUCAAAAAGCAAGUUUAAAAGAAGCAACUAAAUAAUUAAUUUAAAAAUAAACAACGUACUCAGGUAUACAUAUUUGUAAAUAUAUUUUAUUAGCGACUGAUGAUAUCUCUUUCAGUUUUGUAGUCAUUAAAUUAUUUAAAAGGAAACUUAGAGGCAACACUAGCGAGUAGAAAAAUAAUGUAGUGGGCAGAUUUUUUCUCGUCUAUAAAAGUUUUAAAACGACUUCAUAUAUUGAUAUCUGUUAUAAAACAUUUUAAAUUUAAAAACAUUUUUAAAACACGAAAGAUAAGGAUUAAUUUAGACUUUUGAAUUAUUUAAAUUCUGUUGAUUCUUUUACAUUUAAAACAUAAUAUAAAGUCGUUUCCAAAUUUUUAAAGCAUGGUGUUUUAAAAAUUUUUGUGCAUCGAAAAGACACCAAAUUUUGUAACGCCACUAAGUAAGUAACGAUGAGUUGAUUAGUUUCUUUUUUGUUUUAAAUAAAGAAGAAAUAGAAACCGUCUGUAGCAUUUUCGAGUACAAAAAGAACGAAUAUCAGAAAAAUCUAAAAACAAAAAUGUUUAUAUUAUGAAAUAAUAAGGCAUUGUUUUUGCUUGGCGUUAUUUUGUUUCUGUGAUUGUUUAGAAUUAAGUGUACAGUUUUUUUGUGUAAGAAUAAAAUGAAAAGGAAAAAAAAACGAAAUGCUAAAUAAGAA